GAUCCAAUCGGUUAUGUGUGCACCUCAUUAAGUCAAAAAUUUCGAGAGAAAUUCGUGGUUCCAUUGAGGAAAUUCAGAAAACCAAGCCUCUGCUCAAGGCCAUUGAUGAUCAAUUUGUUGACUCAAAGAAAUCAUCGGCAAGUACUCUAAUAAUGCGAUUUAUCAAUCUUCGUCUUACCACUGUUAAGGGCACGCGUAAACACAUCAUGCAAGUAAGGGAUAUUGCAGCUCAACUAAAGAAGCUGGAAAUCAUUUUACCAGAUACUUUUGUGGUGCAUUUUGCACUUAAUACCCUUCCUCAAGAAUAUAGCCCCUUUAAGAUUUCUUACAACACACAUAAAGUAGAUUGGUCUAUCAAUGAGUUGAUAACCAUGUGUGCACAAGAAGAACAAAGGCUUAUGACUGAGAUUGGGGAAAACGCUCUAAUGGCCACAACAAAGUAUAAAAGAAAAUCUGGAAAGUCCAAGGGAUCCACCGUAGCAACUAAGGGCAAACUGCCCCCAAAAGCUGACAUUAAGAAGAUACAGAAGUGUUUCUUUUGUAGAAAGAAGGGACACAUGAAGAAGGACUGUAUCAAAUUCAAGAAGUGGAUGUCCCAAAAAGGCUAUGACAAAUCUGAGACAGCCAACGGGAACUGAGUGUAGCAUCUUCUCUGGAAACAAGAUUGCAUCACCUGUAGAAGCUGUCGGAGUUUGUACUUUAGUUUUGAAUAAUGGUUUUGUUUUGACGCUAGAUAAGACAUUUUAUGUUCCUAGUUUCUCUAGGAACUUAAUUUCAGUUUCUAGACUUGUACCCUUUGGAUUUAAAUUUGAAUUUAAUGCCAAGUAUUUCAAGUUAUUUCAGAAUUCUACUUGUAUUGGCACUGGUACAUUAUCUGAUGGUCUUUAUCGUCUUAACUUAA